UACUCAGGGUCAAGUAUGAUUUAUGCUGUGAUAAAUAGAGCAAUUCACAAUAGUGCUAACGCAUUCUUAAAUGAACUGUUACGAAAUAAUAUGGCAUUUUUUCUACAUUAAUAAAAUAAAUAUGAAGCUCUUUCUCAUAAAUAUAGCUUUGUUUGGAGGAAUUGUUUGUGUUAGAGCAUGCGCGUGUGAUGCAGAAAAUAAAUAUGCGAAACCAAAGACUGGGUUCGAACGUGUGAACUUCGAAUACGUAAAGAAGGCCUCUGACAAUGGGAAAAUCUUAAUAAUUGACGUCAGGGAGCCGUGUGAAACAAAAAAUGGAAUAAUACCUAAUAGUAUUAAUAUUCCAAUCGGCAGAUUUGCAGAGGACCUAGGCCCGAUGAUGUCUGAAGAAGAGUUUCAAGAGAGAUACUUGAGACCGAAACCCAAAAAAGACUCGGAAUUCAUAAUCUACUGCAAACUUGGCAAGAGGUCCACUAUUGCAUCAAAUCAAGCAGUUGAUUUGGGUUAUACAAACGUGAAGAACUACAUUGGAAGCUGGACCGAAUGGAUAUUAAGAAUACAUAGCAUUUCUGUGUAGUUUGCGUAGGAUUUAAAAUCUUUUAGCUAAUCUUUAUAUGUAUACGAAAUCAUUUAGUUAAUUAGGUACAUAAAUAUCAUAAAUAAGUUUGUAAUAUUACUUAUAUUUGUAAUAUUAUUAUUGUAUUAAAACAUUCAUGUUUAGACUCUUUCUCAUUGCCUAUCUCUAAAACGCUCUUACGAAAAGGC